UCACGUUCGGCUUUUCCUCGUCUCUUCCCGUUCCCAUAAUGCUCUGCCGCUUCCGUCACUGACGGCUUGUCGCAAACGCGAAGCCCUCGUUCUGCCGGUGGUGGAUUCCAUCAGUCUCCCCUCACAGCUUGCCCGCCGCCACCACCACCACCACCACCACCCCCAGCCGAGCCCCCCUCCCCUCCGCUUGGCGGUUAAGCAAAGGCGUGGGGGUCGCUUUUGCUUCUGGGCCUCGGCGGCGUCUUCUUCCCUCCCCCCCACCCGUUCUCUUCCCUCCUCUUCCUCCCCCCCCCCUUCCGAAAUGCCCCCCAAAAAACAGGCACCGGCAGCAUCGGGGGCGGGUAACAAAAAGGCAGAUCAGAAAAAGAAGGAGAAGAUCAUCGAGGACAAAACCUUUGGCUUGAAGAAUAAGAAAGGAGCGAAACAGCAAAAGUUUAUCAAGGCUGUGACCCAUCAAGUUAAGUUCGGUCAGCAAAACCCACGGCAGGCUGGUCAAGCAGAAGGUGACAAGAAACUAAAGAAAGAUGAUAAGAAGAAAGAAUUACAGGAGCUGAAUGAGCUUUUCAAACCUGUGGUUGCCGCACAGAAAAUCAGUAAAGGUGCCGAUCCAAAAUCAGUAGUCUGUGCUUUCUUCAAGCAAGGGCAAUGCACAAAAGGGGACAAGUGCAAAUUUUCUCAUGACUUGACUUUGGAGAGAAAGUGUGAAAAGAGAAGUGUUUACAUUGAUGCCAGAGAUGAAGAUCUUGAAAAGGACACAAUGGAUAACUGGGAUGAAAAGAAACUGGAGGAGGUAGUGAACAAGAAGCAUGGUGAAGCUGAAAAGAAGAAACCCAAAACCCAAAUAGUCUGCAAGUAUUUCCUCGAUGCUAUUGAAAACAAUAAAUACGGAUGGUUUUGGGUCUGUCCUGGUGGAGGAGACAACUGUAUGUACCGCCAUGCACUCCCUCCUGGCUUCGUACUCAAGAAGGACAAGAAGAAAGAAGAAAAGGAAGAAGAAAUUUCUUUAGAAGAUCUAAUAGAAAAAGAGCGUGCAGCCUUAGGAGCAAAUGUUACUAAAAUUACUUUAGAGUCUUUUCUGGCAUGGAAGAAAAGGAAAAGACAAGAAAAAAUUAAUAAGGCUGAGCAAGAUAUGGAAAGAAGGAAAGCAGACUUUAAGGCUGGCAAAGCACUGGUGAUCAGUGGGCGUGAAGUGUUUGAGUUCCGGCCAGAGCUGGUCGAUGCAGAUGAUGAAGAAGCAGAUGACACCCGUUAUAUUCAAGGAACAGGUGAAGAUGAGGUUGAUGAGCAGGUGGAUGUAAAUGAUGUGGACUUGAACCUGUAUGUUCCAAAAGCCGUAGAUGAGACUGGAAUUACAGUAGCAAGUCUGGAACGAUUUAGCACAUACACUUCGGCUGAACAAGAUGAUAACAAGUUGAGUGAAGCUUCUGGAGGUGGACUGGAGAAUGGAGAACAAAGUGAUUUGGAAGCUGACAGCGACAUGGAGGGCACCCAGGAAAAUGGAGUAAUUGAUGCAGUCCCAGUUGAUGAAAAUCUUUUUACUGGCGAGGAUUUGGAAGAGCUAGAAGAAGAACUAAACACACUUGAUUUAGAGGAAUGAACAAGCAGCACAUGAAUUUAAAUCUACUUGACAACGUUAAUACUAUCUCCAUUCUUAUGUGGAGUACUCUUGGUUCCUCACAUGAUUCUGGAAAAAAAAACAUUAAACAGAAAUAUCUUUCCCCCCAAUUUUUUCCUGAUUCAGUCUUAACCAGCUUAAUAAACUUCCCAGAUAGUACACUGAGAAAGAACUCUCUUAAUGUACAAUGACGUAAUGAAAUCCCCGCCAAAAGUAGGAAGUCGAUCACAACUUUUCCAGGAUGUGUGAAGGGGCGUGUUGCUACCAAGUCCAGGAAGAGGUCAAGAAUUUCUUCAGUAGAACUGCAUUUGAAAUAAGUAUUUUGAGUGAUUAAGUUUGUGCUACAAUACUGUAAGUCGAAGUGAUAACAGGUUGAAAUGGCUGUGUUCUUAAAAGUGCUGGAAUUGCUUUUGAUUAUUUGACCAAACAGAUACCUAAGGUAGAGAUUCAUAAAAUCACACAAGUAUGGUCCCUGCUUCUAAAUUUUAAAGUUAAUCCACCAAGGUGUAAAUAAAGACUAUCUGGUUAAAAAAACAAA